AUGCCAACAUUUACUAUACUCAAAAAAAUGACUAUGUUUCAGAAUCAUGUUAUUUUAUACUCUCAAUAUAUGUUCAAAAUGAUUCUUGUCAAAAUUGAUACUCAUUAUUAUUUGGCUGCGCUUCAAAAAGUCGAACGAUCUAAUAUAACAACAUCGAUUAGUCCUGCACAACGAUGUGCUUCCGUUACUGAAGUUUUAAACACUACAUUAGUAUCAUUACCACGAAUUCAACAGCUGAAAAACUAUCAUAUUCCAUGUCAACGUGAUUUUAAUCUGCAAUGUUUUGUGGAUGAAUUUUAUAUGUGUCUAUGUACAGAAGAACAUCAUAGUAAUUGUUUUCGAUUAGAUCAUCAGUUGAGUUUUGGCUGUGACGAUAAUGUUUAUUGUGAAAAUGGUGGAACAUGUUUACAAGAUCAACCUAUAUGUUUUUAUAGUAUUCUAUGUGUAUGUAGCGAUUGUUUCUUUGGUGAUCGAUGUCAAUUUUAUGCUAAAGGUAUUGGAUUAACAUUAGAUGAUUUAUUACGUUAUGAAAUUCGACCUAACAGUACAUUAAAUGAUCAAUCAUUGGUAGUUAAAUUAAGUGCAACAUUAAUCAUGAUUAUUUUUCUCGUUGGUUUAAUCAAUGGUUUUCUAAGUUAUUUAGUUUUCCAUAAUCGUGAUUCUCGUAAAGUAGGAUCUGGAAUUUACCUUCGAUUAUCAUCAAUUAUUUCUAUUCUGAUUGUUACUAUGGUAAUUAUAAAAUUCUGGUUUGUAUUAUAUACGUAUAUGAAUCCAUUGAUUAAUCGUAAUAUUCUACGAGUUGGAUGUUUAGUACUUGAACCUUUACUUCGUCUUUUCUUAAAUAUGAGUAAUUGGCUUAAUACUUGUGUAGCCAUCGAAAGAGCAAUAUCAGUCCUGCAAGGAAUUAAUUUUAAUAAACAAAGAAGUAAAUAUAUUGCACGAUGGAUACUUUUCCUUUUACCAUUUAUAAUUUUGGGUUCAAUGAGUUAUGAACUCAUAUAUCGUGACUUAUUUGAUGAUCAUGAAGAACGACGUGUUUGGUGCGUACUUCGUUAUUCUCAAUCAAUUGAACGAUACACUACAAUUGUUCAACAUUUCCAUUUUGUAGUUCCUUGUGCAAUAAAUCUAUUUUCAGCUCUUUAUAUCAUCAUAAACAUUGCGCGACAACGAACGACCACUCGAACUAAAUUCAAUUAUAGACAACAACUAGUUAAUCAAAUCAAUGAACACAAACAACUUAUCAUUAGUUCUGUUGUAUUAGCUGUUUUACUAUUUCCUCGCUUUCUUAUUUCAUUACUAUCAACAUGUGUUAAAGCAUCACGAAAUCCUUGGUUAUAUCUUUGUGGAUAUUUUAUUUCAUUCAUUCCAUCAUCUCUCGUCUUUGUUAUAUUUGUUCUACCAUCGAGUUUUUACAAGAAACAGUUUAAACAAUCGAUUAUCACUUGGCGACAUCGAUUUAUGAGAAUGAUAAGACAAUGA